UAGAGGAAAGCGUCUAUGCUUUACAAAUUACCUUAUUGUUUUUUUUCAUUAAUAUUUCUCAUUUUUUAUUCACACAACUCUUAUUUAAAACAUACGAAUUACGAUCUGCUUGUGGUACAGUUCUAAUGUGCAUUUUUAGUUUAUUGGUACCCAAUUGAUUGAGGUUAAAAUAAACGUGAAAAACCAACAUGGUUCAGGCCACCGACGAGGUAGAACAUCCAGAUUUGCCGCAGGCUGUAAAGUUACUUACAGAAAUGAACAUGAAUGUUCAACAAGUCUCACAGCUCGUGGACAAUAUGUUAGUACGCGUUAAAAGUGGCGAGCUCUCCACAGACAAAGGUCUCAGUUUCUUGGAAAUGAAAUACCAAAUGUUAUUGAGCUAUCUGAUCAAUUUAACAUAUAUUGUCUUAAGAAAAUGUUCCGGUGAAAAAAUUGAAUCUGAUCCAUCAAUAGACCGCCUAAUCGAAAUACGCACGGUUCUAGAAAAGAUCAGACCCAUAGACUCCAAACUAAAAUAUCAAAUUGAUAAGCUCGUCAAAACUGCAGUAGUUGGUGUAACAUCAGAAGAUGAUCCUCAGUCCUAUCGAGCUAAUCCUGAUAACCUCGUGAGUAAAAUCAACGGUAGUGACGAUGACUCCAGUAAUCAGUCUGAAGAUGAACAGGAACAGAAGGAGAAGUCCGCCAAGUCAAAUAUUUAUGUUCCUCCAAAACUGGCAGCCGUUCAUUUUGAAGAAAGCCUCUCUAGGACGAGUAGUGAACAGAAAAAUAAAGAGAGGGCUAAGAAGCAAUUCCUUAAUUCGAGUGUUAUGAGGGAGCUCCGUGAAGAGUACUCGGAAGCUCCAACUGAAGUUACAACUGGUAACCAUGUGAAGCAUUCAAUAUCAAAAUAUGAACAGGAGAAAACAGAGUAUGAAGAAAAUUAUCUCACAAGACUACCAGUUACAAAAGCUGAAAAAAGCAGAAGAAGAAAACUUACUACAGUCGGUAUGAUAGCUGAUGAGGUCACUGGAAGCCGAAGCAUAGCUCGUAAACACAAACUUAAAUCAAAAAAAGGUAAAGGCUUCAAGAGAAGGCGCACUCAUUAAUAUUUUAAAACUGUAUUAUCCAAUCUGAAUAAAAUACAAUUGGUAAGGUAGCCAUGUCUCUACAAUAGACUUAUAAUAUUGAAUCUACUACAUAUUUAUUACAUGUCAUUUGUAAUAUAAUAUAAAGAUUUUUUCUUAUUUCAACUAUUUUUUAAAUGAGCUGUUUGCUUGACAUAAAUAUUAAAAUAGUGAGGUCUAGAAAAUAUAACCUACUAAAGCUUAAUCAAUUUUUAUUACUAUUCAUAAGGACAUAAUAUGAACAGUUUAAUUUUAUCUCAAUGUCUUAAGCUCAAAGUAUAUUCCUCAUACUCUUUUCUCGAUGAAGGUUCUUUUCUGGGCCUACUAUUUUGGUAACUCAUUAUAAAGUAUAAUUUUACCUCAGUCAAUAGUCUACCUAUAGGUAUAAAAGGUAUGGUUAUGAAUAUUAUGAAAUAAUAUAGUUAUGUAUAUUUUAAUAAUAAUUUAAUAUAUUAUGAUUAGGUUUUGAAAAAAUCUAUUAUGGAUAUUUACUACUACUUAUGUAAAUACAUUAACAUGUUCCACUCAUGAGUGCUUAGGGAGAUCGCAGACGACACACUUUUUGUAUGAUCGAGUCUGCGACG